AGUCCUUCGCAUUUGUACAGACACCCUGUAAAAUGAAAGUUAUUAAUAGUUAAGUUACACGAAUCGAAGUCUGUUGUCCUUAUACAAAUUAUCUCUUACAAUAAUUUUUGUGUGAUUCAUAUUUCUCAAUAGUACCUACUUAUCGCUUCUGGAGAAAUGGUAUUGUUUUAAAUAAAACCAGAACGAAAAGUGCGAUACUCAUAUAGAGUAUAUCCAUGGGAAACCUGAUGGUAGGUUCUGUUGAAGUCGUGGAAUAUGAGGUGUAUCUUGAUCAGUGUUAUGUUACUGCAGUCGUUUAGACACAUUUUCUCAGAUUGCAUCGUUGGAGAGACUUGGUACGAAAAAUGUAGAAAAUGUAGAUGUAAUAUAAAUCAGAGACCAAAAUGCGAACCUCAUUCUUGUAACUCCAUAGCCGUAUGUCCCACGAAAAUGAUUUGGAUGACCGACGAGAAGAGAUGCUAUUGCGAUAGGCCUUUACAACAUUCGGUUUGUGUCGAUUUAGAAUUCCAGAAAGAAAUGAGAGGGCAUGCCUGCGAUCAAGAUACCUUUUUUUACGAUUCGUGCACACUGUGUAUAUGCCAGGGAGGUCGAACAGCCUGCGUGGCCUACUCAAACUGUUUCAAUCCAAGGGGUGGCAUAUGCAAUGAGGAUCAAAGCAUUAUAGACAAUUGUUUCAACUGCACUUGCACACAUACGAGGUUUCUGAAAUGUAUUCUGAUAGAAAAAUGUUGGUCUAGAGAAAAUAAACCAGGCAGAUGUCCGACGAAUAAAAAUAUGUUAUUUGAUCUGGGAUGCAUCGUAGGCAUAGAUCAAGAAUGUCAUUAUGAUUACGAAUGUCCAUAUGAGGAGAAAUGCUGCCAAGUUACAGAGUGUUCUUUCAGAUGCCUGAAAGCAGUUAAUGAUACUUAAGUCUAAAAUUUCAAGGCUUACCACAGAGGCCUGGACUAAAAUAAAUUCCUUAUAUACAGAAGAAUUACACCUUUAUGUAGCGAAUAAAUAAAUAUUCACUAAAUAUGACCAA